UGUUGAUGUCAUCACAGAGUCCCCCGUAGUUUAUGUGCUUGUGUGGUGCACCUCAAAAAGUCUUACUUUUUGGCAAUAAAAACAUAUCCCAUAUUUACAGCAAACCAUGUCGCAAGAAGGAUACCAGUCGACAGCAAUAAGAACUACACUCAAUAACAACACAAGCUUGGUUUCUCAACAUUCACCGACACCACCGUGCCCUGGCAAAACUCCGAUACAAAUUCUGCACGAAUACGGCACCAAAAUUGGCAACAUUCCCGUCUACACCAUGGAGAAGGCGGAGGGGGAGGCUCAUCAACCGAGUUUCGUCUUCAACGUCACUAUAGGAGAUGUAUCCAGCACGGGUCAGGGUUCGAGCAAGAAAGCAGCCAAACACCAGGCGGCAGAGGCAGCCCUUAACUUACUGGAAAUGGAGACUGGAGUCGCCAGUCUACACGUUUGUAACGGUGUGAUAGCAGAGCCCUCUGACCAGCCCAACUCAGUAGGGAUAUUACAGGAGCUCGCGCUGCAGAAGGGCUGGAGGCUGCCAGAGUACACGGUCAUGAUGGAGGCAGGCCCUCCCCACAAGAGAGAAUUCACUGUUACUUGUCGAAUGGAGUCGCUCUCAGACACAGCGAUGGGAAACUCAAAGAAGGCAGCUAAAAAAGCCGCGGCGGAGAAGAUGGUGGCAAAGCUUCAAAGUCUGUCUGGUUGUCCCGAAAUCACCUGGACUCCGAAGCCCAACGUCCGGUUUGAGAACUUGCGAAACUCGUCAGCAGAGAAGAUAUCCCUGCUUGGAAGGAAUCCCCUCAGCAUCCCCAACACAGACUACAUCCAGAUGCUGCUGGAGCUGUCUGAAGAACAGGGCUUCCAGGUCACAUACUUUGACAUAGAUGAGCUGACGGUGAACGGGCAGUACCAGUGCCUGGCAGAGCUGUCCACGUCCCCCGUCACCGUGUGCCACGGCACGGGCAUCUCCUGCGGCAACGCCCACAACGACGCGGCUCACAGCGCGCUGCAGUACGUCAAGAUCAUGGCCUCCGCCAAGUGAGCCCGGCGUGGAGAGGAACAGCAGGUUCACACACACACACACACACACAAACCCACACACACACACACACACAACCCAGCUGAGGCACCAUCUCACACCACACAGACGCUGCAAGUGGUCACAUGAUAGGAAAGGCAAGUGGUCACAUGAUAGGAAAUGCAAGUGGUCACAUGAUAGGAAAUGAAGGAUCGUUGUUGGCAGCAUUGUUCACAGAUGUAUUUUUCUAUAACGGGACAUCAAGCGUAUAGCUCAAAUAGUUUGACGUGUAUUUAUUUCUGCCUUCUGAUGACAUGCAGCUCUUAAAAUAGGACCACCCCGAUGUGUAGGCUUUUAUUUAGAUGGCAGACACAAAGGUUAAAGGUCAGACAGUAGAAAGGGAAACAGAAGGUUUAGGUCACAGGUGGGGGUGAAUAAUGAUUGUCAGUUUUAGUUAGACGAUAGUUAGCAGACCACCAGUCUCUAUUUUUAAUAUAUUUGGAUUAUUAUACGGAUAUUAAAUAGUAUCUUUUAAGACCAGCGCACAAGAGAGGAGUAAAAUGUGAAAUAAAGAACAAUACAGUCAUGUGUAUAAACACUUUAUAUACACACAUUUUAUUUCACCUUGGUUUUUAUUUGACGUGUACUCUGAGUCUGUCUGUUUAAUACACAAGUCCAAAACACCAUUAUAUAUGUACGCCUACAUGGUGUAUUUGUGCUUACAGUGUUUUGCGUUAUGAUGUGAGUGUGAAAGUGUCUUUUGAAGACUUAUUUUUUCUUUACUGGGAUGUUUUAAGUGAUGCAGAGUUGUACAGUUUGUGUGAAUAGUGCAUAAUUCCCCUGAACAAUACUAAAAUGUAUGGCUACUGCCUGCCGAUGUUUUUAUACACCAGACUGUCCCCAUUGACAAUAUCACGGAGACACCAGCUCAAUCUACGCUGUCAUUAUGAGAAAUAAGCGGAAAAAAGUUAUUUCUGCUAUUCAUGUAUUAUUUAAUGUUUAAAUGAAAUGUCGGCUAACAUAUGUAUGAU